AUCUAGCAAUGAAAAAGACGGUUAAGGGUAAUGAUUCAUGCCAAAGUGGGUCCUUCAUUACUGCUAUUUAAACAAUUAAACAAUGCCCCUCUUCUUCCACACUCUUCGCUUCAUCAUGCUCACGGACAUUGCUUGAAGCUCAAGUCGAACUUGGCCAACUUGAUCGAAAACCGUUUUUGGAUCUCGGGGAAAUGGUUAACUGUUUCUGCCUUAAUCCGUUCAUUUCCGUUUCUUCAAACGUUGCCUGCACCUCCCACACUGUGAGAAGCAGGCAGCGUCUUGCACCACAAAAGUCAGUUGAUCUUGCUCUUGGCUAUCGGAAUCCACUUGGAUAUGGGUUUGGUUUUGGAUUGAGAAGAUCACUGCACGAGAUGGUGAACUCUCGUUUCAAGGGUGUAGCUGUUAUGACAGAUGACAAAUCAACAAUAUCAUCCACUGAGGAAUACUUAGAAAACAUUGGCAUCUUUUCUACCGAUCCGUCCCUAAAUCCAUAUAAAGAUCACUUCAAAUAUAGACUGAAGAGAUAUGUAGAUCAGAAAAAGCUUAUUGAAGAAUAUGAAGGAGGUCUUGAGGAAUUUGCCAAAGGUUACUUGAAAUUUGGAUUUAACAGAGAAGAGGGUGGAAUUGUGUACCGCGAGUGGGCACCUGCUGCUCAGGAAGCACAAAUUAUUGGAGACUUUAAUGGAUGGGAUGGUUCCAACCACCAGAUGGAAAAAAAUCAGUUUGGUGUCUGGAGUAUUAAGAUCCCUGAUGUUGAUGGAAAUCCAGCUAUAACACACAGUACAAGAGUAAAGUUUAGAUUCCGCCAUGGGGAUGGAGUUUGGGUUGAUCGCAUCCCUGCUUGGAUCAAAUAUGCCACUGUUGAUCCUAACAGAUUUGCAGCACCAUACGAUGGUGUCUACUGGGAUCCACCACUCUCAGAGAGAUAUGAGUUUAAAUAUCCACGUCCACCAAAGCCGAAGGCCCCACGUAUAUAUGAGGCUCAUGUGGGGAUGAGUAGCUCUGAACCUCGCAUAAACUCUUACAGGGAAUUUGCAGAUGAGAUUUUGCCCCGUAUUCGAGCAAAUAACUAUAAUACAGUCCAGCUGAUGGCCGUGAUGGAACAUUCUUAUUAUGCAUCAUUUGGAUAUCAUGUAACAAAUUUUUACGCUGUGAGCAGUAGAUCUGGAACCCCAGAAGAUCUUAAAUAUCUGAUAGAUAAGGCCCAUAGCCUAGGAUUGCAGGUUUUGAUGGAUGUUAUCCACAGUCAUGCCAGUAAUAAUAUCACCGAUGGACUCAAUGGCUUUGAUGUUGGCCAAACUUCACAAGAUUCUUACUUCCAUACUGGAGAUAGAGGUUAUCACAAGUUAUGGGAUAGUAGACUAUUUAACUAUGCCAACUGGGAAGUUCUUCGUUUCCUUUUAUCUAAUUUAAGGUGGUGGCUCGAGGAGUUUAAAUUUGAUGGAUUUCGAUUUGAUGGAGUAACAUCAAUGCUGUAUCAUCACCAUGGAAUCAACAUUGCUUUUACAGGGAAUUAUAAUGAAUAUUUUAGCGAAGCAACAGAUGUGGAUGCUGUUGUCUAUCUGAUGCUGGCUAAUUCUCUGAUCCACAGUAUUUUGCCAGAUGCAACUGUAAUUGCUGAAGAUGUUUCUGGCAUGCCUGGAAUUGGUCAAGAAGUUUCUGAUGGUGGAAUUGGUUUUGACUAUCGUCUAGCCAUGGCUAUCCCUGAUAAAUGGAUUGAUUACUUGAAGAACAAGAAUGAGUACACAUGGUCAAUGAAGGAAAUCUCUUGGAGUUUGACAAAUAGGAGAUACACUGAGAAAUGUGUUUCCUAUGCUGAAAGCCAUGACCAGGCCAUCGUUGGGGAUAAGACUGUUGCAUUUCUCCUAAUGGAUGAAGAAAUGUAUUCUGGCAUGUCUUGCUUGGUUGAUCCUUCUCCUAUUGUUGAGCGAGGGAUUGCUCUUCAAAAGAUGAUACACUUCAUAACCAUGGCAUUAGGUGGAGAGGGCUACCUUAAUUUCAUGGGCAAUGAGUUUGGCCAUCCGGAGUGGAUUGAUUUCCCAAGAGAAGGCAAUGGAUGGAGUUAUGAGAAGUGCAGGCGUCAGUGGAAUCUGGUGGAUACAGAUCACCUGAGAUACAAGUUCAUGAAUGCAUUUGACAGGGCAAUGAACUUGCUUGAUGAUAAAUUUUCGUUCCUUGCAUCAACUAAACAAAUCGUGAGCAGUGCAGAUGAUGAAAACAAGGUUAUAGUCUUUGAGCGAGGAGAUCUGAUAUUUGUAUUCAAUUUUCAUCCAGAGAAUACAUAUGAAGGGUAUAAAGUUGGAUGUGACUUGCCUGGGAAAUAUAGAGUUGCAUUGGAUAGUGAUGCUUGGGAAUUUGGAGGUCAUGGAAGAGUGGGGCACGAUGUAGAUCACUUCACGUCUCCAGAAGGCAUACCAGGAGUCCCUGAAACAAAUUUUAAUAAUCGCCCUAAUUCAUUCAAAGUCCUCUCCCCUGCCCGUACUUGCGUGGUAUAUUAUAGAGUGGAGGAAAGCGAAGAAGAAGGCAACAAUAACAGUUUGGUUGGGCUAGAAGACAUAGAAGACACUUCUGCUGCAGCAGAUGUAACAAAAGUUCCUGAUAAAUCUGCUUCUUUAGAAAGUGAAGAUGACAUUAUUUUGGAUGGGGUGAAGGUGAAGCAAACAUUAACUUCAGCAGAUGUCUCUGCUGAAGUUGAAAAAGUUUCUGUGAGAAGUGAAGGUAGAAAUUUGAACGAGGGGUAAAUUUGGCAUGGAAUCCAGGAAAAUGCGAUGGAUUAAGUAGGCUUUUGGGGGGUUAUCAUUGAAAGAAAUUUUACAUGAAAUUUUUUGACAAUGUUUGCUCUUCAAAUCAUCAUGUAUAUAUUAUCUAGAAGAUGCAGAGAGAUUAUAAUCUUUUUCAAUUGUAAAUAUUAGCACUUAACACCGGUUUGGCAUACGAACUCAAAAAGGCAGUAAAAGAGAAACAAAAAUGAUCAA